AUUAAUAUCACAGGGUCAACCAGAAGAAAGGGAAAUUUAAUAAGAGUAGUAUAAAGAGAAAACAGUGGCAUGUGAUUUCUUAAAAAGUCUCUGAAAUUCAGCAGUUAACUUCUUAUAUCAGGAAUCGAACAAAAAAUUGAUCUAUUUUCCUACAUCUAUGUCUUACGAUGUAUUUCAGUAUCAACAUUUUAAGAGUUCUGAGUUAUAGAUAUGACAGUAUAAUCUGUAUAAUCCUUUUUUUUUUUAAAUGUGGGUAUUAGCUUAUAUAUGUAGAUGUGGAGUCUGAGUAAACUCGUGAGUGAGAGGAGUGUGUGUGUAUUUGUUCGUUUCUCACUGAACCACUCUUCUAGAGUCUUUAGGUCAGCUGUCAUGUCAGUGCUUUCCUGCUUUGUUCUUUCGAGUCAGUCUAGUCACUCGAUGACUGGUGACUGGCCGCUGGAAAGGAACGCUUGCAACAGAUGAGUGCUGGGGCCCUCCAGUUCUCGCCUUCCCCUGUAGCAGCUGCAUUCUGCCCUUUCUGUGGCCCUACAAGGAAAGGAGGAGAGAGGGCGGGGGUGUGCAUGUGUGCGCGCUUGCACGCGUGUGUGGUGAUCUCUGUCAGUAUGCAUUACAAGGUUUCUCAAGCACGCGGAAUGAAAUCUUUCCCAAGAAAUUCUGUCAAGGCCAGCACACACGGGAAAUGCAGCAGUACCUGUCCAAAGAUCACUAUAGUUCCACCUUGUUUGAAAAGAAGCACGACCCCACUGGUUGAUCAGAAUGUAUCUAAUGAAGAGGCUCAGGGAAUAAAUGGAAAAACACCCGCGAAACACUCAGCUGCAAGUCCAAAGCCACAAGUGCCUCCAAAGCCAUUACAUCUGCAGAAUUCACCUUUGUCCUGUAUACACCAAACCCCCAGGCAUAAAGCUUUAUCUAGUGAGAAACCAACGAUGGAGGAAGUUAAACCUGCCUCUGCUUCUUGUGUCUCAAAAGAAAAACCCAGUAAGGUAUCAGAUCUCAUCAGUCGCUUUGAAGGAGGCAGCACAUUAUCAAAUUACAGUGAUUUGAAGAAAGACUCUGGUGUGAACCUGAAUGUUCCUAGAACCCCAGGAAGGCAUGGACUGACAACCACCCCUCAGCAAAAGCUCCUCUCCUCACACCCACCUCCGAAGCCGGAAAAUGACGCCGAUCCAACUCAGGGUGUACGGACUGGUGUGGCUAAUGGUGUGAUGGCAGCACCAACCCAGAUGGAAUGUGAGGAGGAUCAAGUGGCCACUCGUAGCCCAGAAACUCCAGUUCAAACCUCUGAACAUGUGCAAGCUAUGAACUUAGUGAAUGGAGAAGGAGAGGAGGAAGCGACCACAGGCCCUGCAUCCCCCACAGCAAAGGACUAUGACAGAAAUGUUUCUGACAGUACCUGCAGGACUGCCAGAGUCAGCCAGGUGCUCCCCCUAGAAGAAGAAAGGGCGGACACGGAAGCCAAGGUGCAAGAGCGGGAAGAUGGAGAAAGCCCUCUGGAACUGGACCAGCUGGACCAGCACCAUGAGAUGAAGGAAACUAAUGAGCAAAAGCUUCACAAAAUAGCCAACGAACUUUUGCUUACAGAAAGAGCUUAUGUCAACCGACUUGACCUCUUAGAUCAGGUAUUUUACUGCAAAUUAUUAGAAGAAGCAAAUCGAGGCUCAUAUCCAGCAGAGAUGGUGAAUAAAAUCUUUUCUAAUAUUUCAUCAAUAAAUGCCUUCCAUAGUAAAUUCCUAUUGCCAGAGCUGGAAAAACGAAUGCAAGAAUGGGAAACAACCCCUAGAAUUGGUGACAUCCUUCAGAAAUUGGCACCAUUCCUUAAGAUGUAUGGAGAAUAUGUGAAGGGAUUUGAUAACGCUAUGGAAUUGGUUAAAAACAUGACUGAGCGUGUUCCCCAGUUCAAAUCAGUAGUUGAAGAAAUUCAGAAACAGAAGAUCUGUGGGAGCUUGACUUUGCAGCAUCACAUGCUAGAACCUGUUCAGCGGAUUCCCCGGUAUGAGAUGCUCCUGAAGGACUACCUAAGGAAAUUGCCCUCUGAUUCUCCUGACUGGAAUGAUGCUAAAAAAUCACUUGAAAUUAUAUCUACAGCAGCAAGCCAUUCUAAUAGUGCAAUAAGAAAAAUGGAGAACCUAAAGAAACUCUUAGAGAUUUAUGAGAUGUUGGGAGAGGAAGAAGACAUUGUAAAUCCUUCAAAUGAACUAAUAAAAGAGGGACAGAUCCUCAAACUAGCUGCUCGGAACACAUCAGCACAAGAACGCUACCUUUUCUUAUUUAACAACAUGUUGCUGUACUGUGUACCAAGAUUCAGCUUGGUGGGCUCUAAAUUCACAGUUCGAACCAGGGUUGGCAUCGAUGGAAUGAAAAUUGUGGAGACUCACAAUGAAGAAUAUCCACAUACUUUCCAGGUAUCUGGAAAAGAGAGAACAUUGGAACUGCAAGCCAGUUCUGAGCAAGACAAAGAAGAAUGGAUCAAGGCUCUUCAAGAGACCAUUGAUGCUUUCCAUCAGAGGCAUGAAACCUUCAGAAAUGCAAUUGCAAAGGACAAUGACAUGCACUCAGAGGUUUCUACUGCUGAGCUGGGGAAAAGAGCUCCAAGAUGGAUCCGAGAUAAUGAAGUAACGAUGUGUAUGAAAUGCAAAGAAUCUUUCAAUGCACUGACAAGAAGAAGGCAUCAUUGUCGAGCAUGUGGACAUGUGGUUUGUUGGAAGUGUUCUGAUUACAAAGCUCAACUUGAGUACGAUGGUGGAAAAUUAAACAAAGUUUGUAAAGACUGUUAUCAAAUAAUAAGCGGAUUCACAGACAGUGAAGAAAAAAAAAGAAAAGGAAUUUUAGAGAUUGAAUCAGCAGAAGUAUCUGGAAACAGCAUAGUGUGCAGCUUUCUUCAUUAUAUGGAAAAGUCAAAACCUUGGCAGAAAGCUUGGUGUGUGAUCCCCAAACAAGACCCUCUUGUGCUGUACAUGUACGGUGCCCCCCAGGAUGUCCGAGCCCAGGCCACCAUUCCACUCCUCGGCUAUGUUGUGGACGAUCUGCCAAAGAGUGCAGACCUGCCCCACAGUUUCAAACUGACCCAGUCCAAGUCUGUGCACAGCUUUGCUGCAGACAGUGAGGAACUGAAACAGAAGUGGCUGAAAAUCAUCUUUUUAGCUGUCACAGGUGAGACACCAGACGGUCCCAACAAGCUUCCAACCACCUUGGAUGAUCAUGCUGAACCUAAGAAAAAAUCAGAAUGCUGAACUCCAGGACCAUCCAUGAUGUGGAGGUCUCAAGAUUUACAGCUCAAGACAUUCCCAGCCCUCCUUAUUCAUCUCUUAGCACUUUAUGUUGAAAAAUAUAGGCUCAUAAAUGCAUCUUUUGGGGGACUAUUUUCCUACGUUUCUGUACUCUUAGUGAAACUGAUGUGCAGAGCCAUUCUACCGAUAAAAGUUUGAAAUAAUGUGAAAAUGGAGCAUUUUUUAAUGAGCUAUUCCUUGCAUAUGUACUUUUGUCUUGAACAAAAUGGUAUCAGUGGAUUCUAUCACUAUCAGGUUAGAAUAGGCCACUUCCAUCUAAGGUCCUUCCAUGUCUUCUCCCUCACAGGUAAGACUUGUAACAGUUUGAAAGAUAUACCUCCAUGUUGCCAAAAUAAAUCCAUGGUAAAAAAAAAAAAAAAAAAAAAAACAGGGACAGUUUAGGCUAUUGUAUUAACUUAUUUAAUUUAGUUUAUAAAGCUCAAGCUACAUAAAUAAUGUAUGUUCUUUUAAAACAGGACAAGUUGUUGGUGUUCAAACUUUCAACUUAUUAAGAAAAGAUAAUACUUGUUUUUGUAGAAAUAUUCCUAAGAAGAAAAUAUCUCAAGAAUAUAGCAACUAUGUGUAUAAAGUAUUAAAUAUGAAUAUAAUUAUAUUAUACAUGCUUUUCUCUUCAGCUUUAGGUUCAUAUUUGUCUCUAAUUUAUUUUUUAAAUAUAAAGCAUGUUUUAUCUUGGAAUUGAACAAUGUUCUAAACUUCAGAAAUGUUUUUGGUGAUUUAUGUUUAACUGAUUGACAUCUAAGGGUAUUGAUAUUUUUAUAAUAAGAAAAAGCAGUAAUUUAUGUGGCAUGGGAUAUAUUAGUUCCAACAGUAUUUUUAAAGUACUAUUUUUUUGUUCUGUGCCUAUUUAAAACAGUGCCUCUCUUUGAAGGUGCUAAUAAUACCUAUUUAAAUUUAUAAUGAGGGUUUAAUUAAUGCUUCAGUCUUGAUUAUUUUGAGAUAAUAAUACACUUUGGCCACUAGGAUGGUCAAAGUCACACAGGUUAUUUUACCUUUCACAAUCCUGCAAUUGUUGCAGCAGUUAACAUCAGCAUGUGCAAAAAUGUUCACAGAAACCUAAACUGUACAAGAUACCUGACUUUAUACAGAACUGGGACAUAUGGAAACUACAUUUAUUGUGAUGUUUUUCUUUCCCAUAAGACCGUUCAGCAUGGUUAAAUGAGGACUAUAUAUAAUUAACACUUAAGAUAACUGUGGGCCUAUUCCUUUGUCAGAGGGGAAAUGAAAUUCAUAUGUGAUAACCUGUGUUUGAGGGGCAGAUAUAUAGAUAUUAGAGGAAGUUUAUGUUCAACUCUUUAAACCACCUCAGUGAAGAAGAGGAGGGGAAAACAAUAAUGAAAGCAAUAUUUUAAUGGCAGGUUUGGGAGGUACAAGAUGUUUGAAGAGACUCUGAGCAUUUUCCCCCCUGUCGUCUGGGGAAUUUUUAAUAGUCAAAACAUGAUUUCUUGUCACAAAGGCUGCUCUUCAUUAUAUUGUGGUUGUGAUUAAAAUCUCACAUUAAGUUGGCUAUUUAACUUACUCUUUUUCUCAAACUAGUUUUUUUCCCCAUUUACCCUGUUAUGCCCCAAACAUUAUCACUUUUAAAUGCCUAAAUCUGCUAGAAAUCUAGAAAUCCCCAAGAACGACCCUACUAUCUGGGCCUUUGAGAAUAUAAUUAUACCUUAAGUGUAGAAUGGAUUCACUCAGAGUUUGAGACAGCCCACACAUUUAUUCAGGCCUGUCGUUUUAAGAAAUAUUUCAAGACUCUCCUCCUUCUCCCCACUCCAAAGGAGAAGGUAAACUAAUUAUGGCUGACACAAUUAGAUUGCCCUCCUCUAUAAUAUAAAGGAAUGCCAGCCAUGAUCUUUUUUUUUUUUUUUUUUUUUAAGAUUUUAUUUCUUUAUUUGACGGAGACACAGCGAGAGAGGGAACACAAGCAGGGGGAGUGGGAGAGGGAGAAGCAGGCUUCCCGCUGAGCAGAGAGCCCGAUGCGGGGCUCGAUCCCAGGACUCUGGGAUCAUGACCUGAGCCAAAGGCAGGCGCUUAACGACUGAGCCACCCAGGCGCCCCCAUGAUCAUUAAUAUUAAACCAAAUAUUUGGAAUCAGAAAGAGAUAAAGGCGUAGCUUCUUAGGCCCUAUCAAAUCAGGGACAGACUGAAAGAAAUGUUAGAUUACUUCUCUUUUCUAGUUGCCAACCAUGUGGGGGGUGGUGUGUGUGUCUGUACAACAUAUGUAUUCAGGGUGGCUUUUGAGACAGUUACACUAUAGCUGUAGAUGAUACAUUAGCAUUCUUAAUCUCCAAAAAAGAGAAGCAAUAAAAACGUGGAAUGAUUAUCAGGAGAACAUGACUUUUGUAAAUUGUGAAUAGAGCAAUGGAAACGUAAGGGCCAGUUUAGAAGAUUUAUGGGCCAGCUUAUUUUUGAAAACUAUUUUGAACCGUGAGGAGACUUCACUCUGCCGAUCAUAAAUUGUUCUCCUGCAAUGGGAGUAACAUGGAUACACUCAAGUUUUGGCUCAAUAAAUAUCAAUGUUAUUUAAUUGAGAUUAUCAAAAGAAUACGUAAAAAGAAUAUUGUCAGGCUCUUCAAUUUUUCAAAAAAAUUAGAAAUAAUAGUACUAGAAGAGAAUUUCUGGUUAUCCAGUUACCAUCUUUCAUGGUCCACCCCGUGUUCUUUAUUCAAGCACAAAGAGAAGCAUUGAGGCAACCUUACCUGUGUUUCUCAUAAAGAAUCACUAAUGCUUUUACUUGGAGAAAGGCAAGGGAAUACUCUUAGGCAGGCAUUUAGUAAACAUCCAGCUAAACCAAAAGACGUCAAAGUGUGAUUGGUUUCAAGAACCGUCGCAUGUCUUGGUUUCCGAGACACCUGAGCAGUCACGACAAAUUGCACAUAAAAAAAACCAAUUGUGAUUGCUUUCCUCUUAGAACCAACAUUCCAUAUAGGCUUUAUUCUUCAUUUUCCCUAAUUUGGUGCUUUCCAAGUCCUUUUUAAAGUGUCCUUUCUCCAAACUUAAAAAAUAUUUCUUUGAUAAAAACUGCUAUUCAUUACAAAACAUUCCAGUUUUUUAAACUUAAAUUUUGCUUUUACUGAAAGUCUACCAUUUGGUAUAUUAAGUAUGAAAUGUAGUGCAGACUUAGCUCCAGGUUUUAAGUGGGACUCAAUAAUGAAAAAUGCCACCAGCCACUUUUGUAAUAAUGGCAUCUACAAUGCCAUCAUGUAUGCAAGCAAUAAAAUUCUUCAGGGUAUGUUUUUAUACUGAAAUUUUAAUAUGAAUGCCCCUCGCCACAAGGAUAUAGAGAAUUACUUUUAGAAAUGAUACUAUAACUCAAAUUGCUGAGUAUAGGGAAGGGAAGGGGGGGCAUUAUUCCUUGGAUUCAAAUAACCGUCAAAAGCAUUUUUCCUUUAGCAAAGGGUAUGGAGGGUGAGAGAUUUAAGCACAUCUGCACUACUUUAUCAAGCUACAUUUCAUUUUCCAUGAAGUUUAAUACCACAUACAGGUUGGUGUACUUACCUUCAUUGGGUGACCUACCCCAAUUAAAAAACAAAUACUCCAACCUAAAAAAUUACUAAACUUUUUAUAAGAACUAACCUUUUAAAUGUGCCCUGUCCCCAUAUAUAAAUACACAUUUGGAUUUUUUAAAAGAGUACUUGUCGUAGUCAUAAGUAUAUAAACUACAAACUUCAUUGUACUGCAGGGUUGUUAAAGAUUCAUUGAUGCCUUCUAAAAACUUCUGUGAGUUCACAAUUCUGUUUUACUUUUUCUUGUCUACUUUGUGGAAACAAGGUAGGUGUUUUUUUUUCUUUCAAAUUUUAGAUCCCAUUUCUGAUUAUAUUUAAAGCCUUAAGUUCUUAUUUUGAGAAUAUUGUCUGCGAUGACUCUAAUAAUGAUCUUUCUGGACUAGAUAUAUCCAGAGGAAAAGGCACCAACAGGAGCAAAUAAGCUUCUAAGGAACAAAGGUCUUAUUUUUUGCAGGUAUCCUUGCUAUAAUGCAGAAUAAAAGAUUAAUUAAAUUUCCUACAUCAUACGAUGUUCGUGUUAGCGGGUCUAAGAUUAAGCACAUGGUAUUUAUAAGCUAAAAUUAAUUCAAAAGGCAAGAAUGUCUUAAUGUUUUCAUUCUUCAAUUUUGUAUUCUUCAAGAAUGUAUUAAUAUAAAAACUGUGGCUAACCAGUUCUUAUUCUCUAGAACUGUAUUGACACCAAUAGUGGAUCGUGUUACUUCUUCAUUCUCAUCCAAUUUUAGUAGAAUCAAAUUGCUUUUUAUUUUCAUAUUACUAUCUACUAUAGAUUCUUCAGAUUUAGAAAAUGAGUAUGAUAUAUAAAGACCACUAGAUACACUUUUAAAACCCUUUCUGUGAAUUUAUGCAUAUAUGUAUAUAUGUAAAAACAUUGUUGAUUUCCAAUUCUGUUUUUCCAUAGGAAUGACAUUUUUAUAGAAACUGUUCUUUUUAACUUAAAUAUUUUAACAUAAAUUAUUUACGUGGAUUUUUAGUACAAUUCAUUCUUAUGUGUGCCCCAUAAACAUGUUUUCAUGAGAUUACUUUCUUUACUGAUACAGUAAAGAGGAAUAAAAAAUUAGGAACUGAAAUAAGAGUGAACAGAGAGGUGGACAGAAAGAGACUGCUGAUCACCAGAUCAGAGCAAGUUAUGUUAAGACAAGAGAAAAAUACUUACACAGCAGAAGGGAUAUGAACUAUAAAAUAGAAAUCUUUGUAAUUGCGUACUGAUGGGAUCUGUUGCACCUAGGCCUUUCUCCAUUAGUUACUUUUUCCUUUAGGCUUAAAAUACUUUCAACCUAUGGGCCAUUUUCUACACUGUUUACUGAGGUAAAAAAAUCCUCUAAAGUCAAUCAUGGUUUUUCCACUUUUUGGACUGAGCAUUUGGCAGAAUGCUGUAUCUUUUCUGUGUUUUGAGAUGAACUAGCACAUGGCUUCUACAAGAUAGUUUUUAAAUCAUUGGGGUCACUGGGAGUUACAUGAUGGUAUACUUCUUCCUAAAAUUUGUUAUGGUACGUUUAGUGAGAAAUUAAAUCAAGAAAUCUCAUUGUAGCAUAUUUUAAUAAGUGAAUACCAAAUACAUAGAGUGAGAUAUAUAUACAUAUAUAUAUCGGUUUGGUAAGGAACACAGUAGUCUUGGGGACCAUUAUGAUAACAGAAUUGCAUUAUAUAUUACAUAUUAUGUGGAUGUUGGAAUGUAUCACCUGAGGGGGUCUCCAUUCAUUAGCAAUCAUGUCUGUAUAUAAAACUUUUUUUUUUUUAACCAAACUAGCAUUUUAUUUUGUGAGUGACAAUUGACUGAUAUUUUUGAAUAAGUGUUAUCUGGGUUUUGGAAUUGUUGACUGAUCAGUUUGAAAAAGUAUGUUACCAGAAUUUUAGAGUUAA